AUGAACCGGGACAGAGCGGUACCGGGGCCCGGAGCGGACGGGGUCCAGGCCGUAAUAAGUCGAGAGAGAGCCGUAGCAGGGCCCGUGGCGGACGCGGUCCAGCCCGUGAUGAGCCGGGACAGAGCGGUACCGGCGCCCGGCGGGGAUGGGGUGCAGACCGUGGUUGGCCCGGACAACGGAGACAUGCUGGACGGAGGUGCUGCCGGGGAGAAGCGGCUUUUCUCCAACGCGGUCCCCGGAGGCAGAGACGCACAGGCCGUGGAGAACCACUCGGAACCUCCGCCGACGAACCCGGUGUUAGCCCCGCCACAGCAGUCCCGGUGUGUUGUUUAUCAGGGCCCCAACGGGCACCGGACCACCUCUUUUUCCGUACUGGACAUCCUGGACCCCAACAAGUUCACGAGCAGCCGGCGACACCAGCAACAGCAGCACGCGAGCCACCGAGUUGAGCGCGAGCUGAGCGCGUACGGAGCGGAGAACCGGAGAGGGGGAGCGGCGGAGCGCGAGCCCAGCCUGGAGCCCAGCAAAGGCUGCUACGGGGCCGAGGAGUACCAGAGCAAGGAGGGCUUUGUGUACAGAAAUCCAGAUGAGGAUGACUACCACAGAUCUGGGACCCCAGAUUCAGAGGCUCCAGAAGGCCCCUACAGCAGUGAGGAGAGCAGCUCAGCUCUGCCCAGUAAUGGAGACAGAGAUCUGGCUCAGCACAGCCACCAAGACUCCUCCAGAGACACCAAGAGCCCAGGAGGAGGUCCUACAGGACAGAUCACUAAUACCCAGACCAAUGGGCCCAAGCCCAAGAGGAAGCGAUCAGGCUCAGACUCCAAGUCAGGGAAGCCCCGUAGAGCCCGGACUGCCUUCACCUAUGAGCAGCUGGUGGCACUGGAGAACAAGUUCAAGUCCACGCGCUACCUGUCUGUGUGUGAACGCCUCAACCUGGCCCUGUCACUCUCCCUCACUGAGACACAGGUCAAGAUCUGGUUCCAGAACCGUCGGACCAAGUGGAAGAAACAGAACCCUGGCGCUGACACCUCUGCCCCCACCGGUGCAGGAGGAGCAGGAGGUACGGGGGGCGCAGGGGGAGGCGCAGGCGGAGGACUGGGGAGCCUCAGCCCUCUCAGCCCAUCCCCUCCAGUCAGUGGGCACCUGGCCAUGCACGCUGGCUAUGCCAGCCACCAUCACACCCCCGCUGGCAGCCUGGUCCAGCUGCCUUUCCUCACCGCCAGCCACGUCCUGUCCCCCUUCAUGCUGGGGACACAGAGCUACGCUGCCCCCGCCUUCUACAGCACACACCUGUAGACUAAAACACACCUGACACAUACGUCAAAUACACACUGAGCCCAGAGAGACUGAAAUGUUUCAGUGUUUGAAUGCAGUGCAGCAGCAGACAGACUGCCAGUGUUCAGCUCUGCUCUCCUUUUUACUACUGACAUUUGAAGGCUUUAAUUUCAAUGGAUUAUUUUGAUAAAAUGUGACUAUCUACCAGAAACUGUGCACAACUCUGUUCUAGCUCCCUAUUCUGAAUGCUGUUUUAAACUAUGUAAUAGACAAAUAGUUGAUUUCUUUCUUUAAAAAAAAAAAGUCUGUAUGAAUAUUGGAUGUUUAUUUAUGACUUAAGGAAUGGCUUGAUCUAUUGUCAGUACUAUGUAACUCCAGCUGUGAUCAAUUUCAUUUGGAUUGUUUCUAUUACUUAAUGAAUUUGUUGACAGUUUCCAUAAACUCCUUGGAUGUACUGAACCGUCAGCUCAACAUGAUAUCGUCUUUGAUAUUAAAAUAAUGGCAGUGAAACACUGAAAACCAGCUGCUGCUUGAUUGCCAUGGGUUCUUGGAGAUUGCCUUUCUUUGACCGCUCUCUCACGACUGUGUGCUACCCUUGUAUACUCCAGCAGAGCAGUUAGUCAGAGAAAGGCACAUCCAUUUGCAGUCAGUGUCCAGU